GCGGCGGGGAGGUGGUGUGCUCGGGCUGGCUCCGAAAGUCGCCGCCGGAGAAGAAGUUACGGAGAUACGCAUGGAAGAAACGCUGGUUCGUCCUGCGCAGCGGUCGGAUGAGUGGCGACCCUGAUGUCCUGGAGUACUACAAAAAUGACCACUCCAAGAAACCUUUGCGUGUCAUCAACCUCAAUUUCUGCGAGCAAGUGGACGCAGGCCUCACCUUCAACAAGAAGGAGCUGCAAGACAGCUACAUCUUUGACAUCAAGACAAGUGACAGGACCUUCUACCUGGUGGCUGAGACCGAGGACGACAUGAACAAAUGGGUCCGCAGCAUCUGCCAGAUCUGUGGCUUCAACCAGUCUGAGGAGAACACAGACACCCUGAGGAGCAUUGCCUCCAUGAACCACGCCCCGCGCUCCUCCCCGGCCGAGCUCAGCAGCGCCAGCCACCACCUGCUGCGAGAGCGCAAGUCCUCAGCACCGUCCCACUCCAGCCAGCCCACCCUGUUCACCUUCGACUCGCCUGCCAGCCACCUCCAGAGCACCCUGUCUGCCAGUGCCCCCCAGGACUACCUUUUCCUGCACCAGUGUAUGAGCAGAAAGUCAGAAAAUGCGAGGAGUGCCAGCUUCUCCCAAGCCACCAGGUCUGCCUUCUUCAUGCGGAGCGACUCGGCGGUCCAGAAGCUCUCGCAGGGCAACGGGCACUGCAUGAACGGCGUUGGUGGGCAGCUCCACGGCUUUUACAGCCUUCCAAAACCCAGCCGGCACAACUCGGAGUUCAGGGACAGUGCCUACGACCUCCCGCGCUCCUUUGGCUCCUACACCCACCCCAAGUCGAGCCUCACCAGCUCCGAAACUGAUAAUGAGGAGGUCUACACCUACAAGACUCCCAACAACACCCUAUGCAAGGAGUUUGGGGAGCUCUCCACGGACUCCUAUGACAUCCCUGCCACCCCACUCUCCAUCUACCAGAUCCCCAGGACAUUUACACUGGACAAGAACCACAACGCUCUGGCUGUGGCCGCCAGCGACUCACCCGCUGCGCCACCGCCACGGCCCCCGAAGCCUGGGCAGACAGAGCCACGCUGGGGCAGUCCACCCCAGCGGCCCCAGCCUGGUGAAAAUUUAGGUCUCACCCCCAUGGCAGCCACCAUUCCCCGGAGAAACACGCUGCCAGCAGUGGAGAACAGCAGACUGCACCGAGCUUCUUCCUGUGAGACGUACGAGUACCCCCAGCACGGGGGCGGCAGCGCUGUGCAGUCAGUCGAGUCCAUGAACGAUGGAUACCACUCCUACCUGCAGGCCAAGGCAGCGGUGGCCCGCUCCCGCAGCACCGACUCCGAGGACAACUACGUCCCCAUGAACCCCGGUUCCUCGCCCCUAAUCCACGCCGAGAAAGCCAACGACAAUGCCCAAAGUCUCUACAUCCCCAUGAGUCCUGGGCCACAUCACUUUGACCUGGUGGGCUUGUCCUCGGCCACCCUUCCCAUGCAUAAAGGAGGAGCCGUGGCUCAGUGCCACCGGCGGCUGAGUGAAAUCCAGCCCCCGCCAGUCAACCGCAACCUCAAACCCGACCGGAAAGCAAAGCCAUCACCGCUGGACCUGAGGAACAACACUGUCAUUGAUGAGCUUCCCUUCAAAUCGCCAGUCACAAAAUCCUGGUCCAGGCCAACGCAGACCUUCAACGCCGGCUCUCUGCAGUACUGUCGCCCUGUCUCCUCCCAGAGCAUCACCAGCACUGACUCGGGAGAGAGCGAGGAGAACUACGUGGCCAUGCAAAACCCCAUUUCUGCUUCUCCUGUUCCUAGUGGUACCAACAGCCCAGCGCCUAAAAAGAGUUCGGGGAGUGUGGAUUACCUGGCCCUGGACUUCCAGCCAAGCUCACCAGGGCCACACAGGAAGCCCUCCACCUCGUCGGUCGCCUCAGACGAGAAGGUUGAUUACGUGCAAGUGGACAAGGAGAAGACACAGGCGCUGCAGAGCACCAUGCAGGAGUGGACUGAUGUGCGGCAGUCCUCGGAGCCUGCCAAGAGCAUGAAGCAGUAGUGCCUGCGGCAGGCAGUAGAACCGGAAAAUGUCCUGUUGGUUUUCCCCAGCUGCAGCCCCGCUGGGCUGCCACACCCACUUGGGCUGGAUUUCUAAGACUUGUCUGUGGAGGGGAGGGGGUGUCAUUGGUUUGUUUUUUUCUCUUAAAACAAAACUUAAUUUCAGGGGAAGACUUGGCAGAUACUGUUUGCCAGUGAUAAAGACCAACUAUGUUUGGUGGCUAGGUUUGUGCUUUAGCUGCUGGAUGCACUAUCCAGGAACUUUGACUUAGCAAUACCAGGUUUCACCCUACACAUCUGUUCCUUACAGCUAUUAAAGCCACCUUGUAUGUUCUAACACUGCAUCAUCUCUCCCCGUCUUCUUCCAUAUCGUACCCUAAACCAUGCCACACAGGUUUGCAGCAUCUCCCAUAGGAUAUGAUAUCAUUGCCCAGCUCUGAUUCUCCACUCCUUAUGGUUGUCCUCUGCCUCCUCCCAGUCCCAAAACUGAGCAAGGACCAUUGCUUUUGAAAUCACUUUUAUUGUCCUGUCUCUUGUAAAUAAUAUGUUCAAAACCUCUGAGGGCUGUUCUGCUCUUGGCUGGACAGCCCCCAAGGUUUGGGUUGGGGUUGUUAACCUUCAGGAGCUUGACACACCAUCCCCACCAUCCCCUUGAGUUGACUUAGGAGCCCAGGACUUGCUCCAUCAUACACACAUACA